GCUAUAUAAGCUGCGACACGAUGCCCCUAAAGGACAGAGAAGAUACGGAAGGUGACGGGUAAUGAUGUUCAAGCUGAUUUUCUCUUCGGCCGCAGUGCUGCUGUGCGCCAUCCACGCCACAGCGCAGGUUGUGCCAAAUGCAGAGAUCGGUCGGGUUACCAUCCAAGUGCCGUUAAUAUCUAAUGGAAAGCCCGUCAUUCUGGGUAAACUCGAGAGUGUUGAGGUGGCCCGCGUAGAGGAGAUCAAGCAGGGAAAGAUCCAGGUGGUCAAUGAGGUAGUGGUGCCUCCUACCCUUAGCAAAGUUCGGAGUACGAGAUCAAUUGUAGAUCGAUCUUAUACGGGAAUACGAAACGAAAGAAUACCGAACCCUGGAAUUCCUAAUAAAGGAAUACCUAAUCCUGGCAUUCCAAAUUAUGGAAUUCCGAAUCCUGGCAUUCCCAAUGAUGGAAUACCAAACGCAGGCAUUCCUAAUCAAGGAAUACCUAAUCCUGGCAUUCCCAAUGAAGGAAUACCGAAUCGUGGCAUUCCUAAUGAUGGAAUUCUGAAUCCUGGCAUUCCUAAUGAAGGAAUACCGAACCUUGGCAUACCCAACCAUGGCAUAUUGAUUCCCGAUUCCUCUGUGAUCCAACCGGUGGCUAUAAUGCCAACCCACCGCACCACCACCAGCCCAACCACGACGACAGUAAUGGCAAAGCGUGUGCCGUCCAAGAAUUGCCAUCACCUUCUGAUGUUUGGGAUGUCCACCGUCUCACCCUUGAAAAUGGUUGCCACUCCGCCGGCAGAGAACUGCGACGAGCUCUGCACCAAGCACGAAUACACGCCCAUCUGCGCCCACAACGGAGAAUGUGUCCACGAGUUUGCCAAUCAGUGUGUAAUGGACACGUUCAAUUGCAAGCAUCGGGAUCAGUCCUUCCGCGCCGUUAGUGAAGAUGUUUGCAGGUUGGAACUGUGUGCCAGACGAUGCAAGGAGGAGGACUUAGCUCUGUAAAGAAAGCUCUUACUUAUUUUAUACACCUUAAAUUCAUACUUUUAUCCGUAAAACAUAAAAUACAAAAAUUGUAAAAUUUAAA